UUGGGUUUUCCCGUGGGUGGGUGCCCCGGCCCGAGCCGUGCUGCCCCGGCCGUGUCUCAGAGCACACACCUGGCAGCCAGGUGAGAGGGGCUUAUCUUCCUCUCUGCUUGCCUUGGCUCUGAGGGACAAUAACCUGCAGCUCCCGAUGGCCUGUGUGCUGUGAACAAGGAAAACUGCUGAUCCUGCCAUGGUACCACUUUCUUCAGCUGCUCUGAUGAAGGUAUUUCAUGGAGCCUUUGAGCACUAACAUCACUGCUCUCUGUGUGACCAUCUGAGAGCAAGCGAGCUGGACACAGCCAUGGGGGACUCUCCAGCACAUGUCCUGGAUGGAAGCAUGGACACACAGACUGAACUGGUGGAGAGGGUGGCAGCCAUAGACGUGUCUGUUGUCCCAGACAGAAGUGACCAGAAUGGUGAAGACAACCCUGAAGAAAAUGACACAGUCUUUUCUGAUAACAUAAAGGACAUCCAGAGAAAUGGAGUCAGCAGUGACGUGGGAAUCAAUGAAUUUCUGCCUUCCCAACAGUCAGAAGAUGCUCACUUGAGGCACGUUCCCAAGAGACCUCUCACCAGACCUGGUCUAUCCAGUAGGAAGCUGUCCCUUCAGGAAAGAUCCUCAGGAGGUUAUUUGGCUUCCAGCAGCACUCCAGGCUGUGGCCCUUAUGCCACAGGGCCAUCCCCACGUAUAAUCAGGAGACCAACGAUAGAGUCCCAUCGGGUCUCCAUAUCAGACUCUGAGGACUGUGUGCAAUUAAACCAGUACAAGCUGCAGAGUGAAAUAGGCAAGGGCUCCUACGGCGUGGUGAAGCUGGCCUACAACGAGAACGAUGACAAGUACUAUGCCAUGAAAGUCCUCUCCAAAAAGAAGCUCUUGAAGCAGUAUGGAUUUCCACGUCGGCCUCCUCCCAGAGGGUCCAAAGCAUCCUCUGGAGAGCAGCCCAAGCCCAUGGCACCCCUGGACAGAGUCUAUCAGGAAAUAGCCAUCCUAAAGAAGCUGGACCACAUCAAUAUUGUUAAGCUGAUAGAGGUCCUUGAUGAUCCUGCAGAGGACAACUUGUACAUGGUGUUUGACCUCAUGAGGAAAGGGCCUGUCAUGGAGGUGCCCAGUGAGCAGCCCUUCAGCGAGGAGCAGGCUCGGCUCUACUUCCGAGACAUCGUCCUGGGCAUCGAGUACUUGCACUACCAGAAGAUCAUCCACAGGGACAUCAAGCCUUCCAACUUGCUCUUAGGAGAUGAUGGCCACGUGAAAAUUGCUGAUUUUGGUGUCAGCAAUCAGUUUGAAGGGAAUGAUGCCCAACUUUCCAGCACAGCAGGGACACCAGCCUUCAUGGCACCAGAGGCCAUCUCCCAGACUGGCAAAAGUUUCAGUGGAAAGGCUCUGGAUGUGUGGGCCAUGGGAAUCACCCUGUACUGCUUUGUUUAUGGGAAGUGCCCUUUUAUAGAUGAAUAUAUUUUGGGUCUUCAUAAUAGGAUCAAGACCAAGCCUGUGGAGUUCCCAGAAGAAGCACAGAUAAGUGACGAGCUCAAGGAGCUGAUCCUGCGCAUGCUGGAUAAAAAUCCAGAAACCAGAAUAACAGUCCCUGAAAUAAAGGUGCACCCCUGGCUGAGCCGUGGCGGUGCGGAGCCGCUGCCGCUGGAGGAGGAGCACUGCUCCGUGGUGGAGGUCACCGAGGAGGAGGUCAAGAACUCUGUGAAGACCAUCCCCAGCCUGCCAGCUGUGAUCCUGGUGAAGGCCAUGCUGAGGAAACGCUCCUUUGGGAACCCCUUUGAGGUCCAGACGAGGAGGGAGGAGAGAUCCAUGUCUGCUCCAGGGAACCUGCUGAUAACGCAGGGCAGCAGAGAAGCCGCCCGGGACCCGGAGCUGCCCGACGUGUGCGAGGACGAGGCCGCGGCCUGAGGGCGCGGCUGCCGGGGCUGGCCGCCCUCAGCCCUCACCGCCCUCACGGCCCAGCCCGGGGCCUGCCCGGCACAGCGGGAGCGGCCCGAGCCCACAGGAGCAGCAGCCCGAGCCCAGCAGGAGCAGCAGCCCGAGCCCACAGGAUCAGCCCGAGCCCACAGGAGCAGCCCGAGCCGGCAAAGCCCGGCCUGAGGAGCCGAGCAGCAGCGGGAGCCCUGGCCGAGGUGCCCGCGGCUCCUCCGUGCGUGCCUUGUGCUUCACCUGAGGAACCGGGCUGGACUCCUCUCAAGGGUCCCUUUCCCCCACACAGACUUUCUCCUUGUGUUGUUUAAUUCUCUACUUCAAGCAUCAGGAAAAAACAAACUGGUUUUGUAUGGGAGGGCAGCUGUUUUAUUUAAUGCACUUGGGUACAUCAGGAGUGCCGCUCCUGGUGUGGAGAUGAAGGCAAAAUGUCUUUGGGUAUCAGUGAAAUGAGGAUGAGAUGCUGCUGUUGAAAUGAACACUAUCCCUCCCUGUGGCUUUCUUUCUCUUUCUUCCCUUUUCCUGUGAUCCCUCAGUUUUGCCCAGUGGCAGCCGUGCCCCCAGCCGUGGCUUUAGUCAGGCAGUGCUGUAAAAAGCAGAGGAGUCACAGGAGAUUCCCUGGAUGUGAGUGAGCCCUGGGCUGGCACAGAGCCCUGGAGCAUGGGGAUCCACUGCCACACAGAACAGCUUGGUGCUCCAGGGACAGCUGCCAAGGCUGCUCUUCCAAAGAGCUGGGAAUGCUCCCAGUCCUGCACCAGUCCUGUACCCAUGGACCAUGGUCUCCAGCUGAAAAGAGUGGCAGGUUUUGGGCUUUAUUUUAUUUCAUUUCCAUCUCUUCACUUAUCUAUUGUGUACCUGAUGCUUUUAAACUUUAAUUUCAGGAAAGUGACCCAAACUGGGAGAGGUUCCUAGGAUGAAAAAUGUCGGUGGAGGGUUUUUAGAAAGAUACAGAGCACAAGUUCACAACUUGAUCUUUUGAUUUUUUUUAAAAAGGCUUUAAUUUUUAAUUUUGUUUUAAGACUGAUUUUUAUGCAUGUACUGAUGCUGCUAUUUUAUCCAUAGAUUGCUUCUAAACUUGGGGUUAGAAGCUUCAUCUCAAUAGUCUGACAACUGGUAAGAGAUUACACUUAAAAAGGUAAACACAAAAAGGCAAAUACAGCCAUUUUUGUGGCUGUUGACUGUACAGACUGUGUGGAUAAUCAGGAAUUUCACUCUUCUAUUCAGAGAGUAAAAACCAGUGACAUCCAUCUGUCAAAAUAUAUGUCAUUAUUUUCCCUUGAGCCUCAUGGGGUCUAAGCAUGCCCCUGGGAAGCCAGUGGGAUUGGAAUCUUAUUUUAUAGUACUUAAAGAAAGGGCAUGAUUAAAUUUGGUUCCUACAUAAUCAUCUUAGUGUCUGUUUUUAGGUUAAUCCUGAGGGCCUGGGACAUUGUUCCCUCAUUUUUUGUGCAGGGGGAUCCAUGUAUGAGGGUUGUUGGUAGUGACUGGUGUAUCCUGGUGCUCCUGUUCUGUUUGCUGCAAUCUCAUUUGAUGGUUCCCAACAUUUUAUAGAUGGGCUUUGCUGCUGGUGCCUUCUGUCUGUCCCCAGCCUGUCACCUCCCCUCACUCAGCCACCCCAGUGGGAUGCCCAGCACUCCCCAGCCUGGGCUCUUCCUUGUAAAUAUUGGCAAAAUGGGAAAGAAUUGCAGCUUCUCUAUUGAAUGGAGACCUUUAAUGCUGAGAGCUGCUGUUGCAUCCUGUAAAGGUUGCUGCUGUGGGGCUGAGCUCUGCACUGCUGCUUCCAGGUGCUAAAUCCUGCCUGGUUUUUGGUGUCUGCACCAGCUGUGAGCUCAGCAUCCACUGAGGAGCCUGCACCUGCACCAGGAGGAUGCCCUGAUCCUUCCCCCAGCCUGGAACAAGAGACUUGCUGCUUGUCAUGAAGAUUUAGGUACCCAGAGGCAGGGAGUGAAAUGUCUGAGAGCACAGGGGGUUCUGCAAAUGGGAAAGAUUGUCCAGGUGGAACUGCUGCCUGUGGAAGGGACAGUCUGUGGAUACAAACUGAUCUGUCCUCCAGUCUGUGGAAAAAAACUUUCUCCAGCUGGUGUCCCCAGGGCAGGGCCAGGGAGUGACCUUGGAGCAAAGACACAUCUCAGGAACGUGCCCUGCCCCAGGCAGAAAAGGGAGUUCUGGUAAUCCCCAUCCCUGUGGGACUUCUGAAGUCUAAGCAAUACCUGGGCUGUGCUCAAAGAGCUCUAAGGAGGCAAACAUGGGGUUAGUUCUUGUAUUUUUAAUCUGUAGCAAGAAUCAUUUGCUAGCCUAUGGGUUAUUUUAGUGAUGCCCAAGGGGUGGGAGCUGGUGGGGAAGGCUGUUCUCAGCCUCAAUUAAUGCAACCCAACAAAUGAUGAGUUACAAAUGAGCUCCAUAUCAUUUUCCUUUAUUAGUACCUAAAUCAUCACUUCAGUUUUGGAGAGGAAUGGAUGUUUUUUAUGAUUAUCUCAAAAUCUACUUUGAAAUAUUUGCCCUUUCAGCUAAAAGAAAUCCUUCUGGAGCUGUUCCCACGAACCAGAACCACCCCCUCGAGCUCUGAGCUCGUGUCACACCUUGUUUCUUCAGCAAAUCUGCCAACAGGCUUUCCUUUAUACCCCUAAAAAAUCACCCCCAUGGUGUCACAAACAGCAGCCUGAAAACCUGCAUGAAAUGAGAUGAAAAAUGUGCCCUGGCAGCAGGAGAAAUGCUCAGAUAGGCAAAACCAGGCUCUACUCACUCAGCUGCAGUGAAAUCCUUGCUUGUUUAUGUGCAUGUUAGAGCAGCUCAGGGCAACUGGUUCUGCUCUGAAGAAGGGAAGAGGCUGAAGAGAGGGGAUUUGUUUGAGAAUAAACAUCCCAGGCAAGGCAGCGCUUUCAGCUCUUGUGUAAAAUCAUUCUCUUCAGCCGGAUGGGUAAAUAUUUGUCUGUUCCUCUCUGUGAUGGAGGGGAUGGGGUUCAGUGUGGCUCUGCAGAGCAGGGAGCAGAGCAGGUGUGGCACACUCAUGCUGUGUGUUUUUCCCCUCUGCUGUUCCUGGAGCACUGGGAUGCUCUGGCCUGGGUUAGCUGGGCUUGGAAUCACCAGGAGGGCUCCUCUUUCCCCCAUCACCAUUGCAUCUGGUCAAGUUUGCCAGACUCUUCCAGGCUGAGGAUGAUUUUCUUGAAAGAAAUUUCUCAUUUGGGGGAUCAGCACAUAUCUGUGAUCUCCAGGAGAUGGAUUUCUUUGUUUCACUCAAUUAAUGGCUCUUGGUCUUUGGUUCUGGGGGGUAGUGCUAAGCAAAAAUCCUGGUCAAGUCUCUUCUGUCCUGCCGUGGGGAAUGCACAGUCCAUGUCUUUAACCCUUUGGGCAGGAAUGUGCUGCUGCCAAUGUCACUUGCAAGCAGAUGAGGAUUCCAACAUCAGGCUGCUGACUUUGGGUAGGGCUCCAACCAGAGGGAGCCUAACAAGAACAGUGUAGCUGCUCCGUGCAAAACAGUGGCUCCAUAAAACGACUCCCAGGGUGCACUUUCAUUCCUUAUUUAUUGCCAGACUUGCAAGGAGGAGCUGCUGGGAGAAAUUUCAUGUUCCUUCAGCACAGCUCUGCCCUGAAGCCCUCAGCAGCGCUGCCAUGGAGGAAUCUCUCCAUCUGUGGUGUGUGACUGCGAGCUUGUUUGCUCUCCCCAGCUCUGUGCUUUCCCUCCCAUCUUGCCCAAAAUCCCAAGAGCUUUGUCCCAGCCCCUGAGAGGCCCAGGCUCCCCCAGGGACAGGGAUCUCAGUGAAUUUCCCAAGGCAGGAGGGCUGUGCUGGGGGAUGCCACUGAGCCUGAGCACCUCUGGGGUGCAGCAGGGAGACUGGAGAGCAGAGUGGAGGAUUGGUGUGGGAAUGGAGCUUGGAUGAGGUGCCAAACCUCUCUGCUUUAGCAGGGCUCGUUUGUGGGGCAGUUUGCUGAGCAGAGCAGUGCAAGGCAUUCCUUUCUGGCCCAGAUCCUUCUGCACAAGUCCACGCUCAGCUCGAGUCCCUCCCAGGCUGAAUUAACCCGCAUUAUGCCAUGACCCUGUUGUUGUGAAUGCAGCCUUCCAUGGGAUGAGGGAAGGAAAGCAGCUCAUCAGUGCCUGCCCUGCUCCUUCCCUUCCUGGAGAAAAGCCAUGUACACUCAUAGCUGCUGCUGGCAGAGCCCAGACCCUCCGUCAGUACCCACAAAGCCAUCAAAGUGCUCCCAAAAAACGGUGUAAAUUCAAGAAAACAUGAAUUGCAACCCUUGAGGGUACAAUACAGAUUCUCUGUGCUGUAAUUUUGCUGUUCUUUCUGAUUUCUAGGUCUGUUCUGUUGGUAUUUCUGUCUCUUGUUGCACUUGAAGCUGAACCUCUGCCCCUGUAUGUGCUCUGCUAUGAUUCCAGCAUGAUGUAAAUGCAUUCAGUACUGUGACAGCGCGUGGCUGUUGCACUGUAAAUAUGUACCAUGAAGAGAGAGGCUAUUUUUUGCAUGCUUUUGUACUGUAGAACCGAUGAGAAAAUGACAAUAAAUUCCACAGAGAUGA